CCUCAUGCGAAAGCCAUAAGAAGAAUUUAGCAUUGCAUCAAUCAGUUUGUAAUGAAAAACGUCGCUUUAAGCGUGUUUUGCUUUGUCUUUUUAAGACUAAGGUAAAAAGAAUACCGAAGCUGGGAACGCUAAAGCUGUUUCAAUUUAAUGCUCUAUGUAUUUCACUCUUGAACAAAAGCUGUGGAUUAAGAGUAAUUUCAUGGUCCUUGGUUCUCAAUACUCGACACCAAUUUGUGCCCGGAGCUCUGAAACAUUUGAUUGAUUUCAAAGGCGAUUUGUUUCUACAUUUCGAAGCAUCGAAGAAAUCAAACGUUUGAUCGAAAUUAUCUUUCAUCCGUCAGUAAAGCGCGUCCCGGGUGGAUAAUCGAGGAGGCAGCGCUCGAACAAAUGGUACAAACAUAUCGAUGUCUCAAUCGAUCCGUGGAUGCGCUGGCAUAAAUUAAACUGGUUGUUUGUCAGCAGAGCGACAACCUUUUACACCUGUCUCUCAAGCUCGGAGUAGAUGCGCGACUUACAAGUGAGCUUGGAUCACUUCCUUCGAUGUAAGGCCGUCGUAAUCAAUCAUGGCCACCGAUGUAGGAGCAUGGCUGCCGUUUGCGAGGGCGGCCGCUGUCGGAUGGGUUCCUUUAGCAACGUCUCCGAUGCCACCUCCGCCAGAAUCACAAAAAAACGACGAGCGAGUCACCAUCAAUGUUAGUGGGAGGCGGUUUGAAACAUGGCAAAAUACAUUGGCGCGAUUCCCGGAAACUCUACUUGGAAGUGACGAAAAGGACUAUUUUUUCGAUUCGGAAACAAAAGAAUACUUCUUUGAUCGAGAUCCAGACUUAUUCCGCCAUGUCUUGAAUUAUUAUCGCAAUGGAAAGCUGCACUACCCGCGGGGAGAAUGCGUGUCUUCCUUUGAAGACGAACUUUGCUUUUUCGGUAUAUCUGAAGAUGUGGUGCACGAUUGUUGUUGGGAAGAUUUUCGCGAAAGGAAGAAAGAAUGCGAAGAACGAAUUUUUGAACCUGAUAAACUGGAAGAUGGUUCUCAGAAUGGCGAGGAAAACACAGAUUCGACAAUUCGCGAGAAGAUGUGGACUGCUUUUCAAAAUCCGCAAAGCUCGCGGCUUGCUACUUUGGCAUAUUACAUCACUGGUUUCUUUAUUGCUGUUAGUGUGAUCAGCACUGUGGUGGAAACACUUCCAACAGAAGGAGGAACGUUUGGCGACGUCAAUAAACAGACCUUCUUCUCGAUGGAAACAGCUUGUGUCAUAGUAUUUACUGUUGAGUACAUAGCGCGCUUGUACGCAGCUCCUAACCGCUUCAAGUUCGCUCGAGAUCUAAUGAGCAUAAUAGAUGUGGUAGCUAUAUUACCUUACUAUGUUGGACUCUUUAUGCCAGAUAAUUCUAUAAGUGGCGCAUUUGUGACCCUGAGAGUAUUUAGGAUCUUCAGAAUAUUCAAAUUUUCAAGACACUCAAGAGGGCUUCGAAUCCUGGGGUAUACACUGAAGAGUUGCGCCUCAGAACUCGGCUUUCUGUUGUUCUCCCUGUCAAUGGCGGUGAUAAUUUUCGCCACUGUUAUGUACUAUGUGGAAAAAGGAGAGAAAGACACGAAUUUCACGAGUAUUCCAGCGAGUUUCUGGUACACGAUUGUCACAAUGACCACAUUAGGAUAUGGUGACAUGGUACCACAAACAACCCCUGGAAAGAUUGUGGGUAGCUUGUGUUCUCUCAGUGGUGUCCUUGUGAUAGCUUUACCAGUGCCUGUCAUUGUAUCUAAUUUUAGUCGAAUAUAUUUGCAAAACCAGAGAGCAGAUAAAAGGAAAGCUCACAAGAAAGCAAGAGUGUCCAUUUCAAAGACGAUGGCUGGAACAGCUUUGGUUUCCCCCCCUGAUAAGGAGAAUGUUCCCCUGGGUGCUGGCUUGGAGUUGACACAAAUUCCAGUGAGUAAUAAAGAGAAAAAUUAUCUUGAUGAACAGCAUACUCAUCUACUUCAGUGCUUGGAAAAGGCUACGGCACGGCAGUUUGUAGAAAUGGAGUACUCAUAUAAAGGAGAACCUGUACGCAAAACUCCCAAGCUGUCUACUCCAAUUUGUACUCCAUCUGGUUCACCAAUCUCCUCAUCUGUUUCAUUAGCGGCAGUGUGUGACAAUGCUUGUUACAACCGAAACAGUUAUGCAGGGAAAUGCAUGAAGCGAACAAGAUCAUUCUCUGAACCUGCACAUCAACUUGAGAAUGCAUUUUUAACUGAUUACAUGGCAAUGAAUGACGUGAAAAGCAAGCACAAAGUUAACUCUAAGCCACACAAUGACAAACAACCUAAUAAUGUCACCACAUCAGCUAUUGUGACCCUCCCAGAUUUUGAAACUGUGGCAGUCCCAAAUAAUAUUCAUGACGGAGCUCCCAAUCGCAGAUAUGAAAAUUGUAAUAACCGGCGGGGGUCUCACACAGUAAUUUAAAAUCAAGCUGUUUUAGAACAAAGUGAGUGAGUUUGCUCAUAGGGUGAAAGUUGCCAGCAAGUGCCAACAUCAAGUUCAUUGUUGAUUCAGAUCAUGAAAUUUAGCUCCAGUUGUGGCUAUUAACUUUCCAAGAGAUUUCAAAUUAUUACAAAAUAUUAUUUGAAAAAAUUUCUGAAAUUUGAAAUACAAGUACAUAUUUAAUACAGCUGCAAUACUUGGUAUUUAAAUAGUUUUUGCAGAGUGGUGUUUGAAUGCCACAACAUUUCAGAUGCAGCUUUGAACAAACUAUCCAUCUUUUUCGUAUGGAAACUUUUGGUGAAGUUUUUACCAAAUUCCAAGUCUUAUUUAAAACCAGAAUGUGCAGUGCACAGUUUUGUGUAUAUGGCGCAUGGUCGUCAAAAAUUACUUAUCCAAGAGUUCAAUUAGACAUAUUUUCUACAAAACCAGUGGAUAGAAGGAGUAUUCAAAAGUACAGAGAGGUGAUUACCUGGUCCAUGCGAGUUCAGAGAUGUGAAUGAAAAUGACUAUGUCAUUGUAGCAUGGCAUCGCACAGCCAUAACAGGCUGGUGUGAAGAUUGAACUGGUCCUUUAAUGGACAAAUAUCUUGUAUGUGGGGUGCAGUGUGGCUAUAGGAGACGUGAAAGCAAAGUACUGUGUCAUGUGGAGAGCACAAGAAUGCAAGGAUUGAAGACCUGUUGUGGAUUUAAGAGGUACUCAAUAUCAUUUUGUAGUGGGUCUGCGCCAUAUUGGGAUGUUCAAGAAUAAAGAUAUCGAAAGUCCACUGGGAUUAUCCUGCUUUACAGUGGGGAAACUAUGGACAAAUACUGAACUGGAAAUGGCUCUGAGAAUUAGCUUGCAUAGCUGGAAGUUUAUUUAUGUGGUGGCAAAUUUGAGAAAAUAAUAGUGGCAAAACCUCAGGGAGAAUGGAGAGGGGUCCCCGCAGCCUUUGCCUUUUUUUGCACUACAAGUUUGCUGCAGCAGAAGAAAGCCCCCCGGAUACCCAUGCUAUAGGAGAGUCAAAGUAUAUUGCUAUGGAUCAAGGGUGGCCAAAAAUACCUUUGACGUUUAGCCUUAAAGGCAAGCUUAUUUAUUACCAUAAUUCCAGAUGGCCAAAGGUUAGUGUCUUAAAACAUUUCAGGUAUUUCAAGCUGUAAAGAUAUGGAUGUGAUGAUUGCAUUUGUAUAGAGGACUUGAAAUUUAAAUUGCUUUGUGGUGGUCUCAACUGAAAAAUUGUUUGGUAGAGGCAAUAAUAUAUGUGAAGUCUUUAUGUGAGUUCCUGCACAGGUUCCUCCACAUUGUGAACUUUGCUACCUGACUUCAGACUACCACUAGUUGAGACAGGGGUUAGGUCAGCUAGGUCUGUAUUUACAGACAAGAACAAAGAAAUGCAUGUUUGCGGUAAGCUAAGGAGAAAAUUUAGCUUACUAUUUAUGAUGAUUAUUUAUCUGUCAAGGUACUUAUAGCAACUAUUUAAUUUUAGAGCUUGACUAGAGCUAUGUAUUUUCUGCUCUUUUCCUGAUAGUUUAGCGGUAUUUUCACAAAAUACUGUACGCAAAAGGUAACCAGUUGAUAUACCAGACUUACAUUUCAAUUGUGUACAUUUAAGCUGCUAAAAGAGCACAUUCCAGGGUAAUAUGUGUUUUGUUUCACAAAUCACGUUCAUGCAUUCACAUUUGAAGACUUAAAAAGUGUUAUAAGUUGCAUUUAUGUAGUUGUAUUUUGUUACAUGUAAACAGGUCUGACAGGUACCUUCAGUGAAACAUUGUUUGGAAAGACAAACAGAGUUAUGUAUUUCCUCGAUUAAGUGCCCCUCGUCUCAUUAAUACCAUUCAAUCAUCAAAACACUUACUGAGAACCUGUCUUUUUCCUGAAAAAAAAAAAGCAGAUCAGCUCAGAAGUAGAAAGGAAAUGUGAUUUUCGUCAAGGGCUUUUCAGCCAAAAUGGUAUUUGUACAGUUGAACCUCUCCAUACGGACACCUCUCUAAUAUGGACACCUCUCUAAUACGGACAGCUUCAUAUGUACUGACAAAAUUCUCAUAAAGUUCCUCUAAAAUACCCUCUAUAAUAUGGACCCUCUCUAAAACAGACAACAGACACUAAAUCUCGGCCCUAGAGAGCAAAUUCAUACCAAUUUAACCUCUUUAUUAUGGACACUCCAGGGACUAGGUGUUGAUAAUUUGUAGUAUGUACCAUUUCCUGUCAGCAGUUAUACAAACAUUGACAUUUCAUCAUUUAGAUUCAGAAAUUCACAAGUGAAUCACUUUUGGGCCUGAUUCUGUCAGUGGAGACGUCAAAGUGACGUCAUCAUAGUGACCUCUCCAAUACAGACACCCCUUUAAUACGGACACUUUGCUCGGUCCCUGUGGUGUCCGUAUCAGAGAGGUUCAAUUGUAUAAAGGUAUGGUUGGAUUUAUCUUUGAAAAAUGAAAUGCACAGCGGCAAGAAUUAAGCACCUGAGCUCUUAAUCGAGGAAGUGUAAAUGGAAUUUAAGAAUUUUAACUUUCUUUUUAUUGGCCUGUUUUUUCGUUUGAAUCUCCUUGUUUUGGUAUUUUAGUUGAAGAAUAUUGGAUUGAAGUCCAAAAAAGAAAUUGAUCUUACAAAUAAGUUCUGUAUUCGUAGUAGGCUUGGACGAAUAAUUAUUGUGCUCAUAAAGUUAUGCUCAGGCUACUAUAGUAUGUUUGCAUUGUGCUCAUAUAGUUAUGAACUUAAUCUGUAUCAUCCUAUAUAGCAAGGUCACUAUUGAUUAUUUUCCGUUCCUCACUAAUUUGUAUGUUAUAAUUACAUUUCUGAUAUUUUCCCUUACAUUCAAAUAAUGCUUCACAUUGCUUAUGUUACUAACAUAAUGCAAAUUGUCUUAAGAAGCCAAAAAAUGCUCAUUACCCUCAAAAGUAUCGAGGCAUGAUUUGUCCUGGCGUACUCUAUUGGCAGCGUCACUCUGCAUUCUCCUCUUGUCCUUUCUUUUGAGGGUAAUAUCAAGGAACCCAUGGGUGGAGUUCAUCUAUUGGGUCUUGACUUCAAUGCAUAAGUCUAGUCAAUUAUUUGGCCAGGGGAGUUGAUUAGGUUGCUUCAACCUUUUUGCCCAUAAAAAUUAAUGAGGAGAGUGAAUAGCGGAGGCCGCACAAUGUUCUCUUUCCUUUGUGUUAUAGUUUUCAGUCGUUAUUUGGAUGAAUUGAAAAUCGUAUUUAAGACUGGAUUAUCUCAUUCUACAUUCUGUUUUUCCCAACACAAUGGCUGGGAUGAAGACUUGUUUCUAAUUGUUGCUCAACAAUUCUGCAGUUUUAGUUUUUAUUUUUUGCUUCAAAUAUAUUGCCAGUUUUUAUCUGAUCCUUUAAUUCUUUUAGUCUCAUGAAGACAGUCUUGAAUGUUUUGUCCACUUACAAUUAAUACAUAGUAAAAGUAAUCAGUGUAUGUAAGAAUUAGCCAAAACCAUUUGAUUAGUCAGGGAUUUUUUUUCGUUUGCUGAACUGAGUGAACCUUUAACCCCCAGUAGAGAUCAGUUUCUAUUUUCUUUUCACUGUUUUAUAAUUCCAGUUAAUGAGAAUAACAGGGCUGAUCUUGACUUUAGAUCACAUAAAAUGUACUUAGGAUAGGGAGAGAUAUGAAGUUGACUUUGUGAGCAAAAGGGCGUAACACUAUCCUAGUCUCAGAAUUAUAAUUUAAAAGAAAGGAGCCAGCUCCAGGAGUUUGCUUUGUAUUUAUUUCACGGCUAAAUGUGCUUUACCGUUGCCAUUUGUUGUAGCAUGCGAAUACUUUUCUCCCAUCCUUAUGUUGGCCUUCCAAACUUCUCGGUUUAAUGAAAAGGAACCGGUUACAAUUUAUUUACUUUGCAUUCUCCGCUUCCUGGGGUGACUCAGGCGAAACGAAUAUUUGUGGCGGAGGCUAGUUAUAAAGUGGCAAUAGUAAAAUAUGUCUUAAACAUUUUGUACAAUUAUUAGUUGUGAUGCUUGCUGUGAACUGAUUGUACACUGGAAAAGAGUAUUUGAGUUUACUUUUUAUGAGCAUCCAGCGCCGCAGGUUUUAUUUAUACCAGGAACUGAGCAAAAUGUACCUUGACAAUAAACAGAAUUACAACACUA